AUGGCAAACAAGAAUCAAUCUGCUGGACAGUCGUCCUCAAACACAUCUUCUUCCAACGAGUCGCAGGCAGUCUCCGCCGCCGCCGAUGCCGAUGAAGCUGCCCCUGUCAGCAACGCAGCCUCUCUGUCCACUGCAGGCUCCGAAGAGCAGACUGAGCCUCUCUCGACCUUUCAUCUGUUCCCACGCCUCCCUCCUGAGAUUAAGAAUAUGAUUUUAGAGUCAGCUGUCAACUAUUCUCCGGCCGUGGUGCAUGCGCGAUGCAUACUUCGCGAAUCAGGGCCAGGACCCAAGACGCCGACCAGCGGCGUGGUGAAGUUUCAAGCAAGCCACUUCACCAAGACUUCGGAAUUCAAGGAGCUUAUGAAACUUGGCGGCGCUAUUCCAGACUUCAAGUCUUUCAUCGAGCACAAGUUCGGCGCCAGGUUCGAGUCCCUCAGGGGAAACGUCCACCUCGCUUUGCGCGGCAAUCAAGAUAUUCUCGCCCUGGACAUGCGACUAGGCAUGCUCAUGGACUGGGAGUAUCGUGCGAGUGGACUCUUCCGUCGACAUGAUGCCUAUGGAAUUCGGGAGCCAGGCAUUCGCAACAUUGGUAUUUACUUCAACGGCCAAAGGUGCAAAAGUCUAGCCUGCAUGAUUAGAUGUUGGCCCCAUGUGACCAACAACAGCCGCGAACACUUGGAUUUGCCCUUCUGCCCCUACGAGCUUGCCAUGUUCUCAAAGAACUUCUCUCACAUCCAGAAUGUCUUUGUACUCAUCGUCCUGAAGCCAAAUCAUUUCGUCAGACACGAGACCGCCGAAGUCACAAUCGAUGAGGUGAAGGAGUGGGUUCGACGGAGGCAAGGUGAGGCGCGCCAGAAAAGCUUGGCGGUAUUCCAAGAUCAGCAGCGGACGUGGGUUGAGAUCGAGAAUGUCAAGGGUGUGAACGACCAGCUGGUCAGUUCCAUCACAGAAGUCUUCCACCUACUCAAUCAGGCCAAGAAUGCGUUCAACAUGCGCCAUUCAAACAUCAAGGACAGCGUCGUUCCGCGUCAGGACGUUGGUUUCCGUGUCCUGGCUUCCAAUUUCUGGAUGAAGUAG